CGUUCCCGUUAACUCUACGCUUCUUUCUUGGAUCUCACACCGUGACCAUGGGUGAAACAGAGCAUCUUCACGUAACUUACAACGGAGUACACAAUAUCAUCAAAGGCGCCUCAAAAAAGAUCGCAGAGUGGAAGCCGACUCUGCUCGUCGCUAUUGAUAACCGUGCAUACAGUGGCUUCUUCCCGGCGCGCGUACUGCGUACGUUCUUGAAAGAUCCCGAGACGAAGAAGAAUAUUCCUAUCUUCGCCAUCGGGCUUUCUUUGUACGAGUCUUUACCCGGAACAACUGCGGAGCAGGUUGGAAACGAAGUGAUCAGGACGCAAUGGCUGGGAUCCGAAGGCGCUCAAGUUCUUCUGGGUCGACGUGUUUUGAUCGUAGAUGAAAUCGACGAUACUCGUAAAACCUUGCAUUACGCCAUCAAAGAGCUAAAGGCGGAUGCCGAAAAGGAACUCCUUGCCUUACCAGAAGACCAGCGUGAUGCAGCGCGUCCUGACUUCGCCGUUUUCGUCGUCCACAACAAGCUAAAAGAAAAGGCGGCAGAGUUACCCGCUGACCUACCAUAUUUCCCAGGAGACGAGGUGCCUGAUGUCUGGCUUGAUUAUCCUUGGGAGUCGGUGGAUAUUGAGGAGCACGAUAGACUGGCAGCACUAGACAAGCUGAAGGCAAAAAAGACUGCAUAAACGAUUCGUGAUGGUAUGCUUGGAUAUUAUAUAGUUUUACGUGUGAUGCAAUAGACUGUAAAAGAUGUGCAAAUAGUGAAAUGC